AUGACAAAGCGAACGGUGUCAAGCCGCGCAAGUCCUAUUCCAGCUACGGGAAGACUGAUCAGUCAGUCCAGCUCGAAUGCUUCGAGUCCGGGGUCUGGUAUAGAUGGCACUCGCCUUCGCGCGACGGUGGAAACCCCGGCAACCCUUCCUGGCUAUCUCGGAUCGACCAGCUUUUCGGCAGUUCUCGCAGAACAUCCGAGUGAGCUGUCGUUUGAACUACCGGGCAACAACGUUGCCUCUGGGCCGUCCACUCGAGUCGUGGACUCAAUCCGGUUUCAAUCGGGUAUUGACAUCCUUAAGCUCCUCAGCGAGUUCUCGAUCUGUGACUCGCUCAUACGGAAGUUCUAUUCGCGAACGCUAUGUGUGGUCAUCCCGGUCGUGAUGAUUGAAGCGAUCAUGCAGUCGGUCCGAGGCAUUCUAGGCGGUUUAGAUUUCACCGGUGCGAUGGAUAGCCAGAUCCAAGACCUGACCCACCAGAUUUUCCAAAAUACUUCCCGACCAGUGUCGGUAAAUGCUGCCAUGACCGUCAACGACUACUGCGCCUUAUUCACAGGGCGAAACCUUCGAUGGGAAGCCGUAGGGAUGAUAUUUGCAACCUCGGGCAUCGCAUUGAUGUCCACCCCGGACACAGACCCAGACAUCGUUCAGGUGGCAGCCGACAGUCAGGCAAGAGAUCGACUGCGGGAACAAAUUGUGGAUGCAAGCUCUACAUGUCUCAGCUUCUGUGAUCAGGCAGCGUCGGUCAGUGAGCUGUUGGGGUUUUGCCAGUACAACGAUGUGAUGCUGAGGACGCAGCAAUUUGGAGAUUCCAGCUAUCAAGCAUGGCGUCGCCUGGGCGACUUAUCCGCGACCGUGUACGCUGCUGGAGUUCACCAAGACAGUGGUCAGACCGACGACAGCCCCUUCUUCCUGCGCCAAUGGAGAAGAACAUUCUUUGCAGCGGCAUUCUAUGCAGAUAAAUGCAUCGCAACCUUUGUGGGGAGGCCUCCGUUGAUCAACUAUCGAUACUGUACUCUGACACCUCCGCUGGACAUCAACGAAGAUAUACUUAUCGCCGGGGGAGACAACCUCACCCGUGCAAUCUCGGAACUAGACAUCAACGGCUGGGGGUCGCAAAGAAAUAGUUAUCGAGCUGCGGUAAUUAGGCUUCGAUUUCUACUAGCAACGUUCCGAGAGGAGGCCCUUGAGAUUGCCCUGGGCACCUACGACCAUUGGAAUCUGGUGCAAAAGUCUAAUCAGAUUAUCGAAAAAGCACGAGCGACCUGGGAAGCAGCCCCGGCGUAUUUACGAUUUGAUGUCCAGGCGAAUGAUUCCGAUGCCGAGGCUUGCUUGGCGUCUUUUUCAAUUCUGAACAUGUACCUGGACUAUCUGUAUUCCAUUUUCCUGCUCCAGAGGGCACUGGUCAAACGCACAAAAACCGGACAGGAAGCGUUGCUGGAAACGUCCCGACGGGUUUUAUCUAUCAUCAUCACCGUCACUGCCGACCGAGACCCGAUGUUGGAUAUGAGCAGGCAUUAUUCCUGGGUGAUUCUGUACUACGGACUCCCCAGUGCCAGCGUCCUCACGUUAGAGCUCCUUCACCAGACCCAGGAUGCGGCAUCCAGCUCCAUCAAGCUGCCACGUGCCGAGCUCAUUCGGAAUUUGAGCGUCUUUGUGUCCUGUCUUUCGUGGGUAUCACGUCCCAGUCAUGGUAACUAUCAAACCUGUAAGGAGGUCGAAAAGAAACUGUCGCACAUCCUCGAUCAGAUCCUUGACCCACAGCCGAUCCAGCAAGAUAUCUUCAACGAUGCGACUUCCGGUUUGUAUAACUUUCUGGACUGGUAUAACCCGGGAAACUGGGAUUUCAACUCGGAGUAUCUACCUUCGGCCGAUGGUUUCGUUCUUUGAUGAGAAUUCGAUAACGGAUUUCGCGGUGAAUCGUCAUCGGUCAAAAGGGUAUGAGUAGCUCUGGCGGAGAUCGCCCUGCCAAGAUGCUUAUAAAAUCGGGGGUUCGCGCAAAGCGAGGCCAGGAAGGCAAAUCAGAUUCAGAAGAAAGAAAGACAGCAAAGACAUGAAGACCUGGGGAAGGAAAAGCAACAACGCCGGAUCCACCACGCUACCAAAAUCACCCUCCAGAAACAGCACGGCAAAGACAUCAAAGGCAUCAGUCAUACAUAUCAUACCAUCCAUACAAAAUCAUUACUGGGAUGGGUCUCUUGAAUGUAAUAGGCCCGGUGGCAGAGAGGGCAGUUGAAAUGGUCUUGCAAGUACCAUUUCUCCAGACACUCCUUGUGGAAAACAUGCAGGCACUUGAGUUCGCGGAUCUCUUGGGAACGUAGCACCGACUCGAGGCAGACAACGCUGGCCCAGGCAUCUCCAGUUAGUCAAGGGGGUGGCUUACGGUCCCCUGCGACCGGGAUCACUCACCACAUAAAUUGUCCGUCGACACAGUCGGAGGGAAGUAGCGGCCCUUUCGCCUUGGACCACCAUUCUUCCAGCGUGCGCGUGGGCGAGACGGCGUCGAGUUUGCGCAGCUUGUCAUUCGAGUCGCUUUUGCUCUUCGAGGGUCGCCGCUCUCGGCGGUUGACGAAGAUGGUUAAUCUGUAGGUUUUGGUAUACGUCAACGAUGCGUGUUCUCACCCACCGAUUGCGCGAAAAAUAAAAACCACGCAAGCAGGGGACGCGCACAGCAAACACAUGAUAAUUAAUGAUACUACACCCAGUCCAAUUCCCAAGACAAUGGCCAUAUGAUUGUGAUUGUUGAAGGCUCUUUUGACCGACGACAACCCCAUAUCUUCCGACGGGCAGUCGCCGGGCGCAAGGAGGGAGGAGGGAGGAAGGGAGCGUGAGGAAAAGAGAGAGAGAGA